ACCCAUGGCGAAAUUUUUAGGAAGAGGUAGGUCCAGAUCGGAAGGGAGGGAUCCCACCCACGGGACCAGGCUCCGUUCGUCUCCUUCACUACCCUUCCCCAAAAUGCCUCUGUUUCAGAGGAUACCUUCAGCAAUGAAACCCAAAAAAUGAAGCUCCUCUGGAAGCUCGGCGAAAACUCCCCAACAAACAGACCCAAAAUCAACCAACCACACCCCAAAAUCUGAUUUUUUUUCUCUAUAUAUACCCAAGCAAUAUAAAAAUAAAAUAACAUAAAAAAAUUUUUGUCUGAGGACGCUAAUUUGUUCGAUAUUCGCUGUCUUUUCUGCAUGUGAGGCAAUGAUGGGGUUGUAGCAAGCAGGAGUGCAGAGGCGUGGGAUUGGGGCCGAGGCGCGGUGUGCAAGGGGCACAGAGGGGUGCGGAUUGGGUGCAGAGCGCAGGAGAUCUGGUGUAGCAGAGGGGGGCUGGCUUGGUGCAGAGGAUCUGGGCUGUGCAGGGGGGAGAAGAAGCAGGAGACUGAUGCAGAGGAGGGUGGAGGCUGCUUCGGUGCAGAGGAUCUGGGCUGGGCGCAGGAGGUUGCAGGCUUGGGUGCAGAGCAAGGUUGGUGCAGGGGCGCAGGGUGCGGGGCGUGGGGUGCGGGCCGCAGGGCGCGGGCCGCAGGGCGCGGGCCGCAGGGCUGGUGCGAGGCGAAGGUGCAGGGGCAAGGAGGAAGAAGAUUCUGGAAGAGAGAGAAGACGGGGACCUUUUCACCGUUUGUUUUUUUUGUUUUUGGGUUUUGGUUUGGGUUAAAUGGAUUUUGGGUUUUGGUUUGGGUUUUCGGCUUAUUUUGGGCCAUUUGAGAUGGGUUGGAAUUGGGUCAUUUAAGAUGGGUUUAAGGUGUAAAUGGGCUUUGGGUUAAAGUUUAAUGCAUUUCACCCUUCAACUUUUCAUCUCUUCAAUUAAGUCCUUUCUUUCUUCAUUUCCUUUUUCCAAUUUUCUUCGCAAAAAUCCCCUUUCUUGAGUUUCCUUUCCAUUUGUUCAUGAAUUUUCCAAUUUCUUCUUGAAUUUCUUUUCGCAUGUAGCACUUGAAACAAAAUAAAGAUAUGUUAGUCAA